AUGACUGCUGAUCCGUUAAGAACAACAGAAGUGACAACAGUAGAAGUCACAACAUCAACUCUAGAAGCAAAGGCAACGACAACAGCAGAAUCAACGAUAACAACAACAACAACAACCACAACUACAACAACACUGUUGGACCUGUGUGCUGCAUUUUCCAGAGGAAUAUCCAUCCCAAAUAUUAAGUCAAUCGCUCCUGUAACUCGUACGACUUCACCAGGUAUAAGCUAUCACGGAGGCUAUGUUAUGACCAAUCCAGUCGCCUAUGUCAUUUGGUACGGAAAUUGGACUGGAGAUAACGGAACAACAAUUACAGAAAACUUCUUACAAGGGCUGGGCACAAGCGAUUGGUGGGAUAUGACAACAGAAUAUAACAAUACAUCACCGAUUACAUUUGGUAGUUCAAUAACAGAUAGUUAUUCUCAAGGCACAUCUCUAACACAAUCAACGGUAUUUUCUAUUGUCCAACGGGCAAUCGACUCGGGAGCUUUACCAAAUGACCAGAAUGGAAUAUACUUUGUAUUAACUUCUGGUGAUUGUACCGAAGAAACCUUUUGUGUAAAAGCUUGUGGUUGGCAUUCUUUUGACUACGAUUCAGGUCUAAUAUAUUCAUGGGUGGGAAAUCCUGAGCCAUCAUGUCCAGGCUGCUCGAAUCAGCCGGUUUCACCGAAUGGCAAUCCGGGAGCUGAUGCAAUGAUUACUACUAUUGCUCAUGAAGCAACUGAAGCAACCACUGAUCCUUACAUAGAUGCUUGGUACGACUCAGCUUGUUCUGAAAACGCUGAUAAAUGUGUUGGCAUGUACGGCAAUAUAUCUAGUUUAUCCAAUGGCGCACAGUACAAUAUGGUUGUAAAUGGGCUCAAGUAUCUAGUUGAACAAAAUUGGCGACUGUCCACUGGAAGCUGUGCUUCAUCUUUGACAAGUCCAUGA